AUGCACACCAAGAAAGUGGCAAGUGUGUCGCUGCUCAUAACAGGCCUGCUCAUUGUGAUACUGGGUGUUAUCAUUGGAAUUAUGCUACAAAACGCAGCGGAGGAGAACAACGAGGAAUUAGUUUGUGUGAACAGCAAAGAAAGCCCGGGAUAUGAAAGAUGGGUGAGUGUUCUGCUGUACUUUUCCGAUGAUCUUCUUAAAGCGUUGACCCUGAGGACACGAACGUCAUUUCUCUUAAUGCAGUUCUUUUGUUUGAAUCGAGUGUUUUUACUGUGCGUUUUAACUUAAGGGAGACCUGAAGAGCUCAGGAUGUUUAACAAUGUUUAGUUGAACUGAUGUUUAUUGGUCGCUAUGUGUUGGAUAUUUUUAGGCAAGUCCGGGUUAUUUUACAACUAGAGCUUAUUACUGGAACAUCUCCAACAAGGCCGGAUUUCUUUAUCGAGGAGAAAGACCCAAGGUACAUUCAAAAUAAUCAUGAUUUUGAGAUACAAAAAUGUUGUCGCGUGAACUCUCUUAUAUAUUGAUGAGAGCUAGGAAUUUUGUCCACUUCCCUCUUUUGGCGGUACAUUUGGAGAUUAAUAAUUAUGCAAAGGCAACCGUUGUGGCUCCGCAAGAUGCCAAGACCAUUUUACUCCCUGCUAAGUUCGUCUGAAUCACUCUACUGCGGAGUUCUGAACAUUUUGAGAGAACACCCCUUCCUCAGUUUCGUGUUGCCAUUACUUUCGAAACAAUUAAUAAGAGAAGUUUUAAAAUAAUAAUAAUUAUUCAAUACUCUGGUAAAAAGGCGCGAAUUUGACAUUUUCUUAUUGAAAUCCCUCUUUUCGGUGCACGAAUUGUUCCGCCUACCAUUCCUUUUACUCGAAGACAUUGCGUAACAGAACUGCUUCUCUCUUGACUUAAAACUGUCACUUUUGGCUUGCAGUGCUUAUUAUGAAACCAGCAUUUUCCAAACUCUGCUUUGUUGAGCAUGAUCUAGUUAGACGAGCACAAUGUCACAAUUUGGGUUGUAUUCUUCCUCGGUUGUGAUUUCACACUUAUGAGAGAUAGAGUGAGGCAGCUGAGUGAGUUAGGUCAGACGUUUCGCUCUCUACAUGAGUAAAUUUAAGGCACCUCGUAAAAUCGGUAAUUUUCACUUUCAAAAUUAUGCAGUAGUAUUUUGUGUUUCUUUUAAGCUUCGUCAAAGAGGUCCUUACGUCUAUAGUGUGACAUCAAAGAGAAUUGACGUAAAAUUCGAGAACGGAAAAGUUACAAGCAAGAAGUUUGAACAAGCUAAAUUCAACAAGACGCUUACCAACGAGGAAUGUCCCACAUGUAGCGAAAAUGACGAGGUACGUUUUUAGGGGGCAGAUGUUCUAUCAAAACGAAAAUUGUGAGUGAUCCAUAAAAUCCGACGAGGUGGAGAAUGUGACCAUUUUCAAACCUACACAUUCAAACCAUCUUCUAUUCUUCGCCGGUCAUCUUAAACCAUUGCACACCAAAGGAAUUAUUAAUUGCGGAAAUUAACACUCAACACUAAGAAUUAGAAAAAUACAUAUUAAACACUGAUCUAAUUUUUCAGUUUGAAGCCCUAAACCUUUAACAACAUUUUUCAUGGACCUUGAAUGGAGCCAAAGAAGACAAUGUUAGUCGGUGGAAAAUACAGUCGUUCUCUCUGACCGUCAAAGUUAUCAUAAGAAUGACAAUAAACAUUGCUGUAAUUAUCAUUACCUAAUCAGGAAAAUCCUGAUGUCAUUAUGGCACCUCAAAGUUUUAUUUUUUUCAGCUUACAAUAUUGAAUGCAGGUUACCUCGUCAAAGGAAAGGACCUGAGCCAGGUUCUUAUACCCCUCGUGAUGAACGUAUUGUUCGCCGGGCUUUGGCAGCAAGGUCUGAAUAAUAGCCAUAUCCUCCUUCAAAUGGGACAAGCCGACAAUCAGCUAAAGUUGCCAUACCCAUCGAACCCUGCUUUUGGCUCCUGGAUCAAUUCAUCUCCAUAUUUUGCGUCUCUAAGAAAAAAUUACUGUCUGGUAGAGAUGAACGGCUUAUACAGUUCAUUUCUGAACCCAUCGAAAUUCGGACCAUUUACAGACACACCACUGCUAAAAAAAUGCCUAAACGGCAGUUUGUUCAGUGUACAGUGCGGUCUUGUGUUAAACUUGAAAUUCCUCUCCAAGGAUCCUCGAGCUGCAGUAUUAAUACAACAAUUAUUAUGUCCAGAUCGGAAAUCAGCAUGCUUCAACGCCUCAAAUACUCUCACAUAUCAAGCCCUCGGCGCGUUCAUCUAUGAACUUUCUAAAUAUGUCCUUUUUUUUCUGGAGAAAAACAACUUUGGGGCGACGACCACUCGAAAUCAGAAUGACUUGACAAUUGGGUAUGUACUACGGUUACCAGGAGACCCAACCGGAAUACCUAUCCCAGGGAUAGUAACCUCACAUGCCAAUGAAACUUAUGCCAGGAAGGUGGCAACAAGCUCUACAUUCUACACCUGUGAAUCCAUGGGAGACAGAUUUGCUUUUGCAGGUAAAGUUUGCGAAAGUUUGAACUUUUUUGCUCAAAUAUCUUCACGACAUCUUCAAGAGGUUGAAUUCAACAUCGUAAGUGAAGAGGAAGGUUUUAGGCUCAAAAGGGAAAAAUGUCUUAUUUACGCUUGCCUGUCUUAAAGAUUUCCAAGGUUUUGGUCAAAUUCGAGUCAUGUAAAACACUGAUUCCAUUAAUGUUUUGAGGUCGUUUCCCCACAAUUGAUAACCUUAUGAAGAGGAAAUUGAGACCAAACUUCACAGCAAGCUAGCGAGCUAUGCGGAGGCUUUUUGCGAAAAAAGAAAGGGAAAUUACAACAAAAAAUAUUCUCUGUAUACAAUGCAGAAAGUAUUUCAUUCUAUCGGCGACUUCCCAGAUUCAAAGCUUCAGUGAGUAGAAGUAUUUUGGCUAAAGAUAAAACUUUUUCCUUUGGAAGGGGCUUCCCCAUUUGAAGAGUUGGAAACAUUAAAUGACCUGUUCAAAUAUGUCUCACGUUAAUCAGAGGAUUUACUGCAUAUUUGUUUCGCCCGGGAGAUUCAAAAUAAGCCCUAGCCACUUGAAUUGGCCUUUUCAAGGACGUAUACCUUGCUUGAGCGGAAUAAUCACUUUUAAUUUCUUUUGUUUCUUAGCGGUAGGCGGUGAAAGUACAGUUAGUACCAAUCUAUAUCCAAAAGCGUCUAAUGAACAGCUCAAGGUUCAUGGCUACGGCACACAAUUUCCUGGAAGGAAAAGUUUAAAAACUUGCUCAACUAAGUAUGGUCCAACAGAAACCAGCUAUGAGAUUUUCAUUUCUUACUUCCGUUUCGCCAUUCCCUUCAAGUACAAAGAGGAGGUGGAAACAAACCAUAUUUCAAUGCACAAAUACUUAUUGGAUGAGUCUGCAGUUGAGGUAAAUAACGUGACUGUGUUCACAAAAGGUGUUUUUGAUGUGAGCCGGGUUUUGGAAGGUCCCAUCUAUGCCAGUCUACCGGGAUUUCUUUAUGGAAAAGAGUCGCUUUACAAGGAUCUGGGCCUUGAUACACCUGACGCACAAAAAUACGAGUCUCUGGUAAGCUGACAUAGAGCAGUUAAAUCAUUUUAUUGGGAAUAUUCCUAAGACUACAUAAUUUAGAAAAUAGAACGUUCAGAGGGGAAAUUCAUAUUUUUAUCAUAUGACCUGUGCAAGCCUGCGCCACUUUAUUGAAAAUGAUUGGAAAAAAAUCUCCAUAUGGGGGCCUUACGCCGUGACGUGAGCUGAGCAGGAACAAGCUGUACGACCCCGCAAGAGGCGAGGUGAUAGAAAAAAAGGAAGAAAAAUAAAGGGCGGCGGUUAUACGAUAAAGUGGUUAUUAACUCACUCAGGUCGUGCCAAACGAGGAAAUAUUUGGUCCUCGGUCAUGAAGUGCUAACUGCACUGCGCCUGGACUUGCGUCAUGACCUCGAGCAAAAUUAUUAAAUUAUAAUUACUGUUCAUUCGCCUAGAUAUUCGCGACUAAACAGUGGCCGUAUCAGAGGCUUCCACUGCAUAAAAUAUCGACUGUUGUGACACUCUAAGUGUAUAUGUCGUCCCUGGGUGUUCCUUCUUAGAGGGGAGUAAGUCCUUCUUAUCAUUACACCCGGAAACCAAGACAUUUCGUACGUUUACUUUACUGAAUAUAUAAUCAACUUAAGAGACGAAACCCCCGAUUGGCCAUACAUGUAUUCCAAAAUUCAUCACCCUGAAGUUGUUAGCCGGCUUGUGGUCUCUAGUACCCCAAGCGUAAUAUUACGCGUACUUCGAGUGCUGCUUGAAUGUUCGAUAGAGAACGAGCAGACGCUGCAUGGGAAUUACAAGUGAGUAAAAUGCGCAAACAAGGAUUGGUUACUUCUUUAUCCACCCGCGAUCUAUGGAAUCGCAAUUGGUUUAAAAUUAAAUGAGGAUGGACUGCCCUAGAAAUAGGUCGCUGGGCUUGAUCAAUUCUUGUAGUUUACCCUCUUUGAAUUCACCUUGGAGCUGUGCCCAAUUUACUACGAAUGGCAGAAUGUGUUCAAAUUUAACCACUGGUAAGUCAUAUCUCAUUAUGAAAUGGGCCAAAUUUAAUUCCAACUAUUACUUAGCAUACGGAGCAAAAGUUCAUUUUAGCAGAUUUGAGUCCAUUCAUCUUGAAAACAAACCUCAAAAAUGUGGAAAAGUGUUUCAAUCACUUUUCCCUUGCCUCUUCCUUGUCUGCUAAUCACAUUGCCAUCUAAUAAGACCGCCCCCUGAGUUUGCAUCUUAUCCCAACCGCAAUAUUACUGUUUCUCUUUUUGUACAUUUGAUUUACGAUCAUACAUGUAGAUCGGGGAGAAGACCUUUCAGCGCACAGGGUUCACUUCUUCGAAAAACGGUCAGAGCUAUAAAGGAUUAAGAUUUCGUAGAAAAGGUUGUGCUUAUUCAUCGUGGAAAUGACAAUAAAAGCUAAGUUUUUCGUUUGUGUCACGAUGUAGUGACGUGUGAUGUAGAUCGCGACGUUUCGACUGCAUACUGCUAGUCUUCUUCAGGCGAUGAGGUCGACUAGUCAUGCGUGAUCCUAUAAAGCAUGAUGCUCUGCUGUGAUUAGUUGUUUUUCAACAGCUCUGAUUGGCCCAUUUCGAUCCUUGCUGUUCAUUUAGUAAUUUGCUCCCUCGGCAGUCCGCUGUCGCACGGCUCUCCUGCUGUUGUGUUUUUUGAUCGCGGGCAUCUACGCUUCUGGAAUUUCUAUUCCACUAUCCCUGUUGAUGUUGCCAGGAUGAAGUCUUAUAUGAAUUGGGAAUGAUUGGGAAUGAACAGGGAAUCCUGUAAACUACGCCAUCUUGUUUAGCCGGGUCGACAGCGUCUUUUGGUCGUACUGGCUGAGAUCUUAGCGUAGUCUCCGACUUGAAAACAGCGCGUACGCCUUGUUGAUUAGGAUUUAAAUUUGGUUCCGAUUUGAGUCCAUGGUAACAUUCUUUAUAGUUUGUAACUGACGAUGGAGAGAAAACAAUUACAAAAAGUAAGAAUGUCAGCAGAACUAUAGAGAAAUUGAUGAAAGUGUGCACUAACCUCGGUUAGCUGUUUAAACAACCUGUCCUGAAUUUCUAUUCCGACUGAGAAAAAGUUUUCUUUGUCUCAGGUAAGCAUUGAGCCGAUAUCUGGGAUUGCUACAAAACUUAAACUUCGUCUUCAGCUUAAUGGAAUCAUUCCGGGAGAUUUGUUGGCUCCCGGCACAAAUGUGACUUUUCUCCACAAGGUAAUACCGAUGUCGUGGACGGAAAUAGGAACAACCAUGGACGCAGAGAAGGCCAAGAAAUUAACUUCAAAGGUAAAUGUACAUAUUUGUAUCUUCUCUUGUUGAAAUACAAGAUCUUCAAAGAACGUUUUAUUGUCUUGUCACGAGUGGGAGAGAGAAAAAAAUCUAAGUCUGCCACGGGAAAUCGAGCUUCACACAUUCGCAUUUAGCGCCCGAUGGCUACCACUAAGCCAUAGAACACUCUUUGGUGAGAUGGGCUAUAACUAUGCAGGUUCAUAUGCAAUAUCCAUCCAGGGUACUGCCAAGUUGCCGAGAUUGGCGAAGUUAAUUGUGUAGAGUGAGUUCACUUCACACAAUAGGCCAAAAGUCAAGGUCACAACUUAAGAUAAAGAUGAAGAUAACGCCGCAGAAUGUUUCACAUUCCCGCGAUAGCGAUUUCUUAGCACAAAAGCUGCCUCGUACCCAGGCAUUUCCUGCUUUAGUACACGCGGCAGCGGGGUCACAUCUAAGUCGUAGGAGACGAUAUGAAUGAGGAAGAGUGCAUAUUCCAUGAUUUAACUUGGUGAAACGACUUGUGUCGGGUCAGCCUGUGGAUUGCCUUGUGCGAUCCACCCGGGAAUUGUUUCUUCAAUGCCUAUUCUAAGUCAGUUCAUCCCGUGUUAGGCUUGCAUCGUUCCGUAAAAAAUAUUUACCGCUAUUGUUUCACCUCUCUACCAUAACAGGUGUUUGGAGACCUGCAGCUGUCUUGUGGUUUGCUAUUAGCCUUGCCCAUAUUUGGUGGAGUGUUAGUCAUUUUGGGUGUAGCCUUGAUUGUCAUGGCAAUGAAGAAACGCGAGGUUGUAGCUGUAGUGUGAGAGUUCCUUAAAGUAGAUAAAAACUUCGGAAGUCAUAUUGGACUGUUCACUCUAAGGAUAUCUAUAGGCUAAUACAUCCGCUACGUGUUUCAUGGUUCUGUUAUUUGCUGUUAACUAUGCAAGUGGUUAUCAUUAAGAAGUAAACAAGCUGUUUUUUUACUCCUAGUUCCAUCGCCAUUACCAGAUGGUGGCCUGAGGGGUACUUUCAGAGUUUAUUUGCAGUAUUCUUGUUUCUCGUUUUAUAAAGACACUCCAAGCGACGGCUAGCAAUUGGCAGUUUGAGUUAGUUACAUGAUUAGUACGGCGAUCUCUUAUCCAACUGGGAUUAGCAUUACCCCAUAGAUAAACGACUAUAGACAGGUAGCACCAACAAUUUUGAUACUGAUAGUCGAAAGGAAAAUUCAUUAUUUACGAAACCAUAAGACAGCAAUAAAAACAUUCUGCUCUUUGAUAGGCAU